AUGUCUCAACAAAAUAUUCAACAAAAUCUUCAAUAUAUUGGUUCAGUUUGUUCAAGUAAUAUUAAAAAAUAUAAAAAUAUUACAAAUGAUCUUAAAAAUAAAAUUGAUAAUUGUCCUGAUAGAGAAUAUUAUCAAUAUCUUCAACCUUAUGUUGAUAAAUUAUAUUCCAAUUGUUAUAUGACAAUUACAGAUUCUUAUCGUCAUGGAGUAUCUACAAUAAACAGAAUUAGUGAAUCAACUAAUUUAAUAGAAACUAAUAAAUUAGAUGAUUUAAUUGAAAUUGAUGAAUUAAAUAUUUCAACAAAUUUAAUGGAA